AUGCGAGUGGACACUGGUGCGUCCCCCGCAGAAUUUCUGUUCGGCACCACUUUGCGCCUUCCCGGUGAGUUCUUCCUUCCGGAAGAUAUUUCACCCGACCCAAAUUUCUUCAUCCAGGAAUUCCGCGAGUACAUGCGUCAGGUUCGUCCGGUGCCCGUAGCGCACAAGCAUGCGAAACGUGCGUUUUACUUUAAAGAACUCCACAAUUAUUCGCAUGUCUUCAUGCGAAACGUGGCAAAAAAGGCACUCGAGAGGCCUUAUUCAGAUCCGCACAAGAUUUUGCAGCGCGUGUCUGAUCGCAUCUUUAAUAUUGACGUCAACGGUUCCGCCAGAAGUGUCUCCGUCGAGUUUUUAAAACCCGCGCAUUUCGUCCCGGAUAAUCUCGAGGAUGAUUUGAGCGUGCCCGUGAGCGGCGAUUCGUCCGCGACUUCGAGGCCGCUUGGUUUAACAACGUACUCGCGCAGAAGAGUCACGUUCGCGCCCGGUCCAGCGGUGCGCACUUAA